AUGCCGCAAGCCAAAGGUAGUAAGCAUUGCGGCCGACAUGAAAAAUCCCUUAACGAUUUUAAACAAGCCAAUAAAGGAAAAGGCCUAGCAGCUUAUGCUAAAUCAAGCAAGUUUAAAGGAAUUGUUAAUGAAACUAAAAAAUGUAAAGAUUGUCAAAGCAAAAAAGAGCAAUUAAUUAAAAACACUAAACCCACUAAUCGGGUGUUAUUUAAACCAACAUUAAAAGAAAGCAAUAAUCUAGUUUUAGAACCCUUUGCUGGCUCUAACAACUUAAUUAAAAUGCUCCAAGAAGAAGGUUAUAACUUUGACUUUGUGGCUUAUGAUAUCAAUCCUGGUUCUUUUGAAGUAAAAAAAAGAGACACUAUUCAAAAUUUCCCUCAAGGUCAUAAAUUAAUAAUCACUAAUCCUCCUUAUCUUGCCAAAAAUUCUGCUUGCCGCAAAAAAAUUCCUUUUCCUACUACCGAGUAUGACGAUUUAUAUAAGUUAUGCCUUGAAAUAAUGCUAAAAAACUGUGAUUAUGUGGGAGCCAUUAUUCCGGCCUCCUUCAUUAAUGCUGAUCUAUUUUUAGACCGAUUACACUCUUACACACUACUAAGUAGUCAAAUGUUUACGGACACGGAAAACCCUGUUUGUUUAGCUUUAUUUUCACCGGAAAAAUCUAAUUCUAUUUUACUCUAUGAAAAUGAUGAAUAUGUGGGCGAAUUACAUGCUUUAAAAAAACAAGUAGAAGAAAUUUUAACUAAUAAUCACUCGCCAAUCGAGAUAAGUUUCAAUCAUAAGCAAGGAAAUUUAGGCUUACGAGCCAUUGACAGCACCCGUUUUCCUAGCAUUGCCUUUAUUGACGCUCAAUUAGUUCCCAGCCGCAAAAUAAAAGUUAGUUCUCGUCAUUUAACCCGCAUACAUAUUCCCCAAGAAGUUAAUUUGAAUUUACUAAACGAAAAAUUAAAAAAAUUGCGGGAAGUAACCAAUGACUUUCUUUUAACUCCUUUUCGUGGUUUAAGAAAAGAUGCCAAAAGCGACCAGCAUUUUCGAGCCUGUUUUGCCAAGGACCCUAAAAAGCAAAAUAUUUACGAAAAAAUUCUUGCUGAAUACAUUAGUUCGCUUUCUUUUGUUUCUAACUUUCAAAAGCUAAGCAGCAGCGGAAAAAAUGCUCUUUAUAUUGACCGUGGAGUAUUGCGGAAAGGAGAAACCAUUCAAUUUUACGCCUUUCACAAAUACAUUGAAGAAAGUGGUGGUGCCCAGGACAACCAAUUUAAAGAAAUUAAGCAUUGUAUCGAAGUUGGGAGAAACGGCAGCCAAGAAACAAGCAGGCGAGGCCACAUUCGCAUCCCUAUUCCCGUAAAAAGUUUAGGAGGCUUAAAAACUGGCACACUCUACUUUAAAAACCAAAAAAUCGGUGAUGCCAAAUUAAGCGGAGAGGUUAUGCUUCCCGGUCAGGCUUACUAUGAUAAAACAGAAAAUGCUACUGAAUUCUUUACUUUUUUAAACAAAAUUAGUGGUAUUGAAUAUAAAACUAUUAGUCAGCAUUUUACUUACGCAAAAAUCAUUGAAAAAAUGCUUGAUUAUCAACCAUUUAAAGAAACUUCUUUUAAUCCUUCCCGGGAACCACCGGGCAG